AUGGAGCGUGAAGAGGUUCCUGUUUUUGACCCUGAAACGCUCGAGAUAAUAGGGAAGAGGUAUCGCGAUGAACUUACGAAAGAGGACAUCCAUGGAAUUGUCUGCGUUGUCGUCGAGAAUUCCGUUGGACAGAUAUUUAUGCAAGUUCGCUCUCACACGAAGAAGCUCUAUCCUGGAGCCUUUGAUCUGUCUGCAAGCGGGUUUGUGCGUGCAGGCGAGCGCUUUGAGGAGUCUGCAUCUCGUGAGCUUGCAGAGGAAAUUGGACUGAUCGUCGACCCCUCAGCGUUGUCUGAGAGAUUGAUUUUCCGGGGGAUGCUAGCGCCUUCAGAGUACCCCUGCUAUACACAUGUUUACAAGGUACAGACGGAUGAGCCGCCUUUGACGUCGACUGAUGAGGUCGAGGAUGGAAAGUGGUUUGCUCUAGACGAACUGCGGACAGCAAUGCAGACCCAGCCAAAGCGUUUCACACGACUUGCACCUUUGGUUCUGAACCGAGUUUAUCCAUGA